AAACGUUAUGGUGCAGUCAAAUCACACCUGUUCUGGUUAUUUAAUACCAUGUGUAAUGGUUAUGUGUAAUGGUUCUCUGUGUGAUCAGCACUGAUCUUCAGAUGUGCAAGCAAUUUUCAAAUGCAAUUUUUUUUACACAAGUCAACAGUCCAGAGUCCCUCUCCGGUUGUGUUAAGUGUUGCACUUGGUACUCCUGUAUUUUUAUAAUAAGACAUUUCAUUUUAAAAACACUGGGUUUUUUUUGGGGGGGGCACCAGGAUUAUGUUUAUAUAUACUGUAGGUUAUUAUCAUUUAUAAAUAACUACAUAAAAAUAGAUUUACAAUGCUUUUAGUUUGAGUGAGAAGCUAAUAGAGAAUUAAGCAGAAGUUCUCUCUUUGCACAGAACUGAAUGGAAGGGUGAUUAAAUGAAUGUGUUGACAGCGCGAUUGCACUUUUGGCAAAGCUUCCAUAGAAAGCAAAUCCUGCGUUCAGAUGCCUCAAGCAACAAGCCAAUAUUUGCUUUUCUCGGGGCAGAGUCCACAGCCCUCCCCCUCCGCUCACUGCUUCCCACAAGAGCUCCGCGAUGUGGGUCGAGCCAAGAGGGAGCACAGCCCGAAGCCGCUGGAUGAGGUUGGCUUGCUCCGCCCGGGAAACAGCCGAAACGCAGCUGCAGCGCCGACGGGGAGGGCAGGAGCAACCGCCAACUAUUUCUCCGGGUGCCAGCGACCUCUGGUCCUAAGCAAACAUUCUCCGGAAUGGGUUGUUAUUCUUUGCCCUCUGGCUGCAAAUCCCUUUGGAGAGUAUUUAAUGGCCAGGAAGAACCAAUUGGCCCCCGAAGGCGGAACAGAUCGUCUUGUUAUCCUUUCUAGAGUCGACGCCGCCCAAUAGUUUGGGAAGGCAUCCGACCCGAAGGGCGGCUUCCCAUGGUCUCCGAACCGCCGCCUCUUUCCUAGCUGGGACGGAUUCGGGCUUCUGCACCGAAGCCGCGGUCAGAUCCAACCGCGCAGAGAUGCGGACCCUUCGCGGCCCAGGAGCCCCCGCUCGGCUCCUCCAGCUGCUGCUUCCGGCUUCCCUGGUGCUCGCCCACCCGGAGUGGCCACUGCGCGCCGCAAACGGCUCCGCCCAGCCGCUCCUGGGGAAGCCUUCUCGCCGCGGCUACGGCGAGCAACUCUCCCCAAGCGCGAUGGAGAUCCCGCCGUCCCAUUACCCGGCCAACAGAGCCGCCAGCGUGGUGCUCCACUACAUCGCGUAUCAGCGCGGCAGCCCGUACAGGCUCUUCGAAAUGGGGCGAGUGAAUCAAGCCAGCCUGGAGGACAUUCCAGGUACCGGGCAUAAAUACCAUCUUAAGUUUGAAGUGAAAGAAAGUAUUCAGAAUGGCAGCUCCCUGAAUUGCACAGCUGAGAUACUUUAUCAUCAUGGUGAGACACCUGUUGCUCCUGAAGUACAUUAUGCUUUGGCAGGGGAGUUUGAGACACAUUCAAAGGAAGCAGACAGCAUAUUCUACAACAGAAUUCAGCACCUGUCCGAGGCAUUAGAGACCAAAAAUAUACCAGAUAAUGAUGGAAACAUGACAGAAGAAAUGAAGCCUAUUUUCAACUUAGCCAAGGUUGCCUCUGGAUAUAUAGUAUGGCAGAAUUCGACAGAAAACACUUGGUACAAUAUGAUUCAAAUUCAAAAUGUUAAACAAAUGAAAAGGAAUGAUGACUAUCUUGAAUUUUCCUAUGAGGUUUUAUUCCAUGAUAUUGCCUCCCAGGAAAUUAUUCCUUGGCACAUGCAAGUUCUAUGGCAUCCACAUCAUGGAGUGAAAGUAGCAGAGAAUAGUCGCCAGUCAAAGUGAUUUUAAUUUUUUAAUUCUUGCAGGUUCUUGAACUAAUGAGGUGAAAGUAACUACAAAUAGCCAAUAAAAUUUUUACUUGGAGGUUUCUGA